AUGUCAAAGCGAGGACGUGGUGGGUCCUCUGGAGCGAAAUUCCAGAUAUCCCUGGGUCUUCCGGUAGGAGCUGUGAUCAACUGUGCUGACAAUACAGGAGCCAAAAAUUUGUAUAUCAUCUCUGUGAAGGAAAUCAAGGGACGACUGAACAGACUUCCUGCUGCCGGUGUGGGCGACAUGGUGAUGGCCACGGUUAAGAAAGGCAAACCAGAGCUAAGAAAAAAAGUCCAUCCAGCCGUUGUAAUUCGACAACGAAAGUCAUAUCGAAGAAAAGAUGGGGUGUUUCUCUAUUUUGAAGACAACACGGGGGUCAUAGUAAACAAUAAAGGCGAGAUGAAAGGUUCUGCUAUCACGGGCCCAGUUGCAAAGGAGUGUGCGGACUUGUGGCCCAGGAUUGCAUCGAAUGCAGGCAGCAUUGGAGUGACUCUCCGGUGCAUUUGGUUCACUGAGCCCUGA